GAUUCUUCGGGUACCUUGCUGCAUACAUUUGCAGUAUUUACGGGCACAGGGCGGGGGUCCUCACCUGUAUGAGAGUAUCCGAGGUCAGGGAGGCUGUGGGGAACCCAGAAACUGGCUACCUCAUCAACGUCAUGGACCACAAAACAGUACGGAAGUACGGAACUACGCAGAUCUAUCUGGAGCCCGAAGAGUAUGAUUGGUUCACACGAAGGCUCCGACUCCGAACCCGCUGUGUCGCGUUGAACAAUUACUUUUUCACCUCCCUUGGCCGUGCAGAAGCAAAGGAUUUGGUGAGGUACGUUCGCCAAGCCUGGUCAGAGAUGGGCCUCCCAGGCUCCCCCAGCCUCCUUGACUUCAGGACGGCUGUCUCCACAUAUAACUUUGAGCAAAAUGACAAUGAAAUGAGAAAAAAACUUUCUCAGUUCAUGUGUCAUAGCCAGCAGACUCAGGAGAGGUUUUAUGCCCUCCACAAAACAGUGCAGAGGGCAAAAGAAAUCAGAAACAUGUUCGUUUGGCUCGCGCUGAGGGAAGAAGAGGGAGGUCCCUCAUCCGCUGCGGCCUCCUCCCCCUCGGUUGCCUCCUCCUUUUCUGCUGCCACCUCCACCUCUGCUGCAGCGUCCUCCUCAUCUGUGCCCUCCGCUGCAGCCUCCGCCUCCGCUGCUGAGGGCAGAGUCUCAACACCAAAGAAGCCAAGGGUCACUGCUCAAGCACUGGCCCAAAAGGUCAAAGAAAAGGUCGGCCUCUCACCCAGGAAGAUGACCAAGGAGAGGAGGGCCCUGGUCAUGCUCAAAAAGAUUUAGUUUGUGUUUAGUGUGUGUUUUGUGUUUUUUUUUUUCUUGUUCACAUUGUUCAAAAUUAUUUAAAAUUGUUCAUAUUGUUCAAAAUUCUCCUAUAAUUCUUCAUAUUGUCGA